GUAUUGUUUUCUUACCCGGAAAAAGUUAUUGGUCCAUGUGACGUUUAGGUGCUGUCACAAAAAUGGCGGAGUCGGAGGAGGAGGUGGACGUUUUGGUCCAGAGAGUUGUUAAAGAUAUAACCAACGCCUUCAAGAGAAACCCCAACAUUGAUGAGAUUGGUGUGAUCCCGUGUCCAGAGGCUCGCUACAACCGCAGUCCCAUUGUGUUGGUGGAGAAUAAGCUGGGUGUUGAGAGCUGGUGUGUUAAGUUCCUGCUGCCAUAUGUCCACAAUAAGCUGCUGCUUUACCGCCAGCGCAAACACUGGCUGGACAGGGAAGCUUUAGUAGAUAUCACCUGCACUCUGUUGCUGCUUAACCCAGACUUCACCACCGCAUGGAACGUCAGGUACAGAGACAUCCAGCCACAGCGGCCAGCUGCAACACAACCACAGAAGAAAGAGCUUCUGCAGUGCGGAGUUCUUAACCCAGAGAAGGACCUCUACCUGGGCCAGUUGGCCCUCACAAAAUUCCCCAAAAGCCCGGAGACGUGGAUACACCGACGCUGGGUGCUGCAGCAGAUCCUGCGUCAGUUUUCUGCCGUGGGCCACAGCAGGAAGCAGCCGCAGCCGCAGCAACAGCAGCCGCAGCAGCAGGCUGAUGCAGAGCAGGCUAAUGCAGAGAGGAGCCAGCAGCUCAGUGACCAUCUGGCCAGGACGCUCCAUCAAGAGAUGAAGGUGUGCUGUGAUGCUGCUUGCCGCUACCCCAGUAACUACAAUGCCUGGUCCCAUCGCAUCUGGGUGUUGCAGCACAUGGCAAUGGGCAACGUCAAGGUUUUCCAUGAUGAGCUGUCCUCUAUGCGCCUCUGGGUGUCCAUGCAUGUGUCUGACCACAGUGGCUUCCACUACCGCCAGUUCUUGCUGAAGGAGCUGAUCACUGAGCUCUCCCAGACUCCAGCAUCCUCCUCCACCACCACCAGUUCACCCCAGCACCGCUCCAGCACAGUCCCCAGCAGCAGCCCCCGCCUUCACAGCCACGCCCAGGUUAACGGUGAGCUUUCAGGAACAGAGGCAACAAGUGAGGAGCAGAGGCCUCUCAGCUUCACCUCAGUCCUUCAGCUAGUCCUCCAGGAGAUGGAGCUGUGCACGGACCUGAUCCAGUCCUUCCCUGGACACGAGACACUCUGGAGUCACAGGCGGCAUGUCUUCUACUUAUGGCACCAAUGGAGGAGGGAACAACAGCACCACUGCAGCAGCAACGGAGGCAGUGAGUCAGUCCACCUUAACGACAGCAACCCAGGCCUGCAGAGGGUCGGCAUUCAAAGCUGUGCAGGCCUGGCGGAGAGUGUGAACGGACAGAAGCAUGCGAGUGAAGCUAUGGAGGUAGACGGAGCGUCCUUACCAGACCCACGUGACAGCAAGCGGCUGAAGAGAGGCGCCCUGCUGCCAGAGCCCCCGGCUUUGUCCUCCGAGUACAGCUUUGUGAGCAGUAUCUUGGAUAACUGCUGUAACCCAGAGCAGAGACGUUUCGCCCUGGCAUACAAGAAGUGGUUAGACACUGUCAUUGUUCAGUAGCCUUCAGAGAGAGACCAGUUAGUCCCAUCAGCCCCACCCUUUCUCAUUAUUGAAGUUGCCUUUAGACACAGAUUUAGGAUCAGCUUGCCUACCAGUAGUGCUGACUUUAACUAAUAGUACUUAAGAUGCAGUGAUCACUGAAAAAAACAGUCCUGGGUCAGUCUGGUUGCUGUUGUAUUCUUGUAACAUUGAGUAGAGAGGAUGGUUACUAUAGUCUCUUCUUCCUUGGAAACAUCUGGACUCCCUUGAGCUUCAUCUGAGCCAGAACCCCUUCAGAGUGGAAAUCUCUGUUCUUAUUUCAAGUGUCUCAAUACCUCAGGUGAAAUUUCCAGUACUUUUUCUUAUUGCAUUCACUCGCACAUCCUUUCUGUCCAAAUAUUUCUGCAAAGAAACUAAAUGAAGCUGCCACAGGAGGAGAAAUAAUGUCCUUGCAGAGGUGAGAGCAGAGUAGAAUUUACGCUCAAUCAGACCCAUGCGUGUAAAGUCCCAAAACAGCCAAUAUUAUUUAAAUAAAUAAAUAAAAAUGACCAAGUAAAUGUUGACGUAAUUUAUUAAAACUCAAUCUUUAUAAAAAAUUAUGUUUCAUUCUUAUUUUCAUAGUAGCAAUCUCGUGAGAGGUUAUUUUCAUUUCAGAUCCAGUGACAUAGAAUGCAACAUAUAGACAAAAAUAUUGGGACAGCUAACCAUUACAUUAAUAGGGACACCACAUUCUAAGUGCAUGGACAGUGGCUCUGGCAGCUUCCACUCUUCUGGGAAGGUUUUCUGUCUGUGUUUUUGCCCAUUCAUGCAGUGGAGUGGGGUGGGUACGGCUCAUGGUAGUUGUUUCAAGUUGUCCUGGGUGUGUUUGAUGGCGUUUAGGUACAGGGCUCUGUGUGGGCCAGUCGAGUUCUUCUUCAAAGGAUUCAUUCGGCCAAGUCUAUAUGGACCUUGCCUUGUGUACUGGGACACAGUUGUGAUAAGGUGGGCUGGGUGGAUGGGGGUCGGGGGCUCCCCUGUGCUGCUGCCGUGGAGUUGGAAGCAUAGCAUUGUCCAAAAUGUCUCGAUAUGCUGGAAGUAAGGUGCCUAAUGAACCCCUGAAAAACAGCCACAUACCACACCUGAAUUCAAUAAUAAAGAGGUGUGGCCCAAUACUUCUGUCUAUAUAGUGUACAUCAGUGAUAAAUAUUCCAAUAUGAAAUAAAGGUAUGUUGCAUUUUAUUAAUAUGGCUUAGUGUUUGGAAAUUAUUUUCAGUACAGAUUGUUAACGCUGAUGAACUAUAAUGUGGCAGUGAGUUGUGUUUUAAAGGUGAGCAAGUGCAACAUUAUCUGUUCAGUCAACUAAAUUACCUGUAUAUGUUUUGGUACUGAGAAUGGGCGGGUUAAACUGCACGUAGGAGUGACUAAUCUGAAGCUGUCAGUGUUCAGCCUAAAAUUAUUACACCUUGUUCAGAAGUUGUUAUAUUAAUGAUGAGAACACUAUUUGCAGAACAUCCUCAGAACUGAGCUUCAGAUCAAUGUUCUUGAGAGAACUAUUUAUAGAAUAAGCUUUCUAUAAAACCUAAGGCUGCCAAACAUUUUCAUAAGUCAUUAUUAAUGCACUGAUCAUUUUCACGAUUAAUCCCUUAGUCUAUAAAAUGUGAAAAAUGCUUAAAUGGCAUCUUCAUAUGUCUUCUUUUGUCCAACCAACAGUCCAUAACCCAAAGACCUACUGUUUACUGUUUACUGUUAUACUUUACAAAGAAAUUGAGUAAAUUGUCACAUUUAAGAAACUGGAACCAGGAAAUAUCUGACAUUUCUUGCUUGAAAAAUGACAGUCAAAUAUCAGAAGAGAUGGUUGACUAGUCAGUUAAUUGAUUAAUCAGUUGAUUGACUAAUUGUGGCAGCUCUAGUAAACUUGGAUGAAUAAACUUCUCUAUUUAUACAUAUCCCCCUGUCUCUCUCUCUCUCUCUCUCUCUUUCUUUCUUUCUUUCUUUCUCUUUCUUUCUCUUUUUAAGUAUUGCCCCUUUAUUGAGGUCAUUAAACCUUUGGAGUAUAAUGAAAUGAUAGUGGCUCUGAUUGUCUAAAUGUCUAUGUGAAAAAACUGGAAGCCUUUUUAAGCUUCACUAUGACUCCUAUUCAGAUGAAUGUGUUGAAAUUCCCUCGGCCCUCACUUGUUGCAGUGGCACAUUUUAAGCACAGCCAGACUCCUGUUUUUCUGUUUUCCUAUGAUUUCCAUUCUGAAGGCGGUAACAUUUAUCAACAAUGUCAAUCUGUCUUUGUGUUCUUCUGUUCCUGGUUAGUUUCUCUCCUCUCAUUUUUUCUGGUAAAUUGAGUUAGUAAGUCCUAACUAUGUAGCUGAGUUACAGUAGCUUGCAACAGAAAGCCAAAAAGCUAGUGGUUGGCUUAAAAAAAGGUUUUGUUUGCUGUGUUAAAGGUUAUUGACAGCUAACUUGCAAGUCUUAACCUUUUGCCAGCAUGAAGCAUUAAAUAUAUAAGCAGAGACAUGUUAGCUUUACCAGUUUAGCGGUACUAGUGCUUGGCUUUGAAGGAUAGAGUGCUAGGGAAGUGAGUUUCCCUGUCAUUCACUGGUGCUACAUGUUGCUGAUACUACAACUACUUCAUCUGUUACAGGGAUGUACUGUGGAACAGGUGAAAACUGAACAGCACUUUGGACUUUUUGAUGAUAUUCGGCAAUCAUUGUUUUGUGGGAUAGCAUUACUAAGCGACAACAUUACAGUUUUUGAAAUAUUCUAUUUUGCACCAGGCUAGUUAACAGUAGGCCUAGCUGUUAUUAUGUCACUACCUUGUAUAAAAAUUGAUAUAACAUAAAAAGGUCAAAAUCUACACUAUGUCUUUAUGUGAAGGAAUAAUUUAUAGCAUUACUUUGUAUGUUGUAACAUGAUGUUUCUGCACAGUUCAUCCCUUCAGUAAGGUAGAUUGAGAAAAGUCCAUUCCUCCCACCACAUAAUCUCAUCUGUACUGACAUGGGAAGAAUGGUAUUCUUAAAUUUGAAUCUACCAAAUCUGAAGGCCUCUAUUCCAGAUAGCUAUUCUAAAGGAUUGCACUUUGAAUGCAUUAAAUAUUUUUGUUUUCCACAGAUGCUAGUGGUCAUUGAUAGUAGCUAUUAAGCUGUCAAUGACACAUGCGAACAAAUACCUAAAUUUACACAGAUGAUGUUGUUAUCCUAUCAAUGUACCCAUUUUCACAUCAGCAUUUGUUAUAUGUACUAUGUGGUCUCAUGCUGCCCUGAUCAAAUCUAAAUGUCGCAGAAGCAUUUGUAUCCCUGUGGGCCCAUGAUGCUAUUUGGGUGACAACUGUAGGGCUGCAACUAACAAUUAUUUUCGUAAUCAAUCAAUGUGUUGACUACUGCUUAUGAUUAUUUUCAGAAUUGAAUAUAUAUAUAAACUAGUAAUUGAUUAUCAAAAUAAUUGGCAACUAAUUUUCUUUUAUUGACUUGCUUGUUCUUACAGACAAACAGGCAUAUUUUAGAAGAGAAAGAAAUGCUGCAUUUGGUUUUUAGUGGCCAGUGUGCAAAGGCUGGCUAGCUAACAUUGCAUAGUUCUACAUUACAGUCUCCAUGUGCUUCCAUGUAAUCCUUACCAUGUUGUACUUAGCUUCACUUAGAAACCUACAGUGUAAGAGUUAUUGAAUAAGAGGCUUUAUCACCUCAAAUCACUGUGUACAUCAUCAUAGGUAAUCUUGAAACUCAUAUUUUUCAGCCAUAUAUUCAUUAGGUUUGUUCAUCAAGAAUGGGUGCAUAUCUGAACUGUGUGGCGGAAAUAUUUUAACAUCCUUUCAGACACAAACUUUGAAUACAAGACUAUCUAUGCAGAAAUGUUUUUUUAAAGGUUCAACAAGCUUUUAAAAAGAAUAAUGUAGCUUCUGUUUUUCUAAUUUAUUUUUUAGUUGACUUCAGUGAAGGGUAUGUCUUUAAUGAAUAAUCCCUAGCAUCUCUUUACUUUUCUAUUUAUUUAAAGGGUUGAAGUCUUUUAUCCUCAUUUUCAGUGUUUUGUCAUCCGCUUACCAAGAAAAUAAAGCUCAUCUGGGAUAGA